AUGCAAAGGGCCUUUCUGUUGUUGCUGCUGCUGCCCCUAGCACGCAUCGCUGCGACUUCAUCAGAUGCGUUCCGUGAACGAUGUCUUGCGUUCCAGCCGCAAGAAUAUUCGGAAAACGCUACGCUGAAUGUGCUUCAGCAUGUUGCUGCGGGCACGAAUCUGACGUUUCCGGAUAACGAUGCGAGCUGCAAUCGGGCGAGCCAGGUUGUUUCGGUGGACCUGUGUCGCAUAGCGCUUGAGAUUACCACUUCACCGACUUCGAAGAUAACGUUUGAAGCGUGGUUGCCAGAGGACUGGUCUGGCCGGUUCCUUGCAACAGGCAACGGAGGCGUUGAUGGAUGUAUCAAGUACGAAGACAUUGCAUACGGAGCUCAGAAUGGGUUUGCCACUGUUGGCACCAACAACGGCCAUAACGGCACGACGGGCAAGCCGUUUCUAAAUAACGCUGAGACGGUGGUUGAUUUUGCAUGGCGAUCCCUCCACACGAGCGUCGAAACCGGCAAAACCCCAACCACCAAUUUCUACCACCAACCGCACCGCAAAUCCUACUACAUGGGCUGUUCCCUCGGCGGGCGCCAAGGCAUAAAAUCCGCAUCCAGGUUCCCCGCAGACUUUGACGGCAUCCUGGCGGGCGCCCCAGCUGUGAAUUUCAACGCGCUAGUCGCAUGGCGCGCGCGCUUCUUCACCAUUACAGGACCGCCCAGCAGCCCCGACUUCAUCCCGCCAACGGCAUGGCAGACGUGGAUCCACGAUGAAAUCCUGCGCCAAUGCGACUUGCUUGAUAAAGUGCAAGAUGGGGUUAUCGAGGACCCCUCGCUAUGCAACUUUGAUCCGUGGCCACUCCACUGCAGCAACACUUCCACACAGACACAGCCGGAAAAAUGCCUAAAUACAAACCAAAUCCACCAGCUCCUCGCCAUAUUCAGUCCCUACACGUAUCCGUCUGGCGCCCCCAUCUACCCCGCCAUGCAACCCGGCAGCGAGAUCCGCGCCGUCGACCGCAUCUAUGCCGGCGCGCCGUUCCCCGCAAGCGCAGACUGGUUCAAGUACGUGGUGCACGGCAAUCCCGCCUGGGAUCCCGCCACAUACAGCUACGCAGAUGCGCACGCGGCCGAGCGCCUCAAUCCAGCCGGCAUGCGCACGUAUCCCGCAGCGCUACCGGCGUUUGAAAGGCGAGGCGGCAAGGCGCUCGUGUACCACGGACAGCAGGAUAACCAGAUUUCGGCCUUUAGCACGAAUGCGUUUUACGAGCAUCUACGGGGUGCGAGAAGGAGAACGUACGCGGAUAUGCAGCGCUGGGUCCGUCUCUUCAGGAUCUCGGGCAUGUUUCAUUGCUCCGGGGGGCCAGGGGCGUGGGUCCUGGGACAGGGCGGGAAUGCAGCGCAACAGGGAGUCCCGUUUGAGGCGCCGUAUAAUCUUCUUGCUGCGUUGGUGCGGUGGGUUGAGCAUGGCGUGGCGCCAGAGUAUGUGGAAGGGACAAAGUUUGUGAAUGAUUCCGUCGAGGCGGGCGUGGAUUUUACGCGCAGACACUGCAUGUAUCCGGCGAGGAACACGUAUGUCGGGGGCGAUUAUAAGAAGCCUGAGAGUUGGGAGUGUAGGUAG